AUGCUCCUUUCCUGGUUGCUGCCCCUGGAGCCUGAGUCCACACUGGCUGAAGAGGGUAUGAAGGAAGGCUCCAGCUUUGGCCCUCAGUUGCUCUCCUCCACGCUCCCUUUCCUCCCAUCUGGGUCUAGAGCUGCCCGUCCCUCUCUCUGGCGCAAGACCCUUGCCAGUCGCAAGCGGGCACUGCCUGGAAAUUGGGCCUGGAAGGCUGUGCCCAGGGGCUGCUUUGGGCUGAAACUGGACCGAAUUGGGACCUUCAGCGGUUUGGGGUGUUAGCGUUGGAGGGGCUCCGAGGCGAGAGGGCCAGCAGUGAGGGCUGGAACAAGUAGGCAGGAAAGAAGCAUGGGGAGCCUUGAGAGCACGGAUGGCAGGGAGGAUCAGGAGAGGACACAGCCAGCAGGCUUGCCACGGGGCCACCGCCUGCCUGCAGCCGGGGCAGCAGCUGGGAUGCGGGCGGUGCUGGGAGCCCGGGAGCAAGAAGGCUGCAGCCCACUGAACUGCUCUCCAGCCCUGCUUCUCCACGGCCGGAGGCGACCCAGGCACUCACAGCACCGGCUCGGCAUUCACCACUGAUGAGCCGGUGGACGAAGCCCUCCCGAAGCUUCUGCCCCGAAGGAGAGCGGAAAAGCAGCAGCAGUGAACCAGCAGAGGAGAAGCGACUCGGUCCCGCAGCUGCCUUUCGGCCGCCGGCAGCCCCUUCCCUCCUCUCCUGCCUGAGGACUGGCUCAUUAAACAGCUAAUUUCCGCAUCGCGGCUCGGCGGCAGCGCCUCCCCGAGAGGCCGUGGCCAGCCCCACACCGCGGAGGCCGUGCGGGGACGAGGGGCCGGUGGCAGGGCAGGCCGGGAGAUGGCGGCAGAGGCUAGUGCCGGCGGCCGCCGCUGUGGGGGCCAUGUUAGGCGCCCGCCGCCAUUCCGAGUGGGCCGGGCCGCACGCACGGCUGCAGCGCUGCGCUGCCGGCGCCGGGGCGGGGAAUGGCGGCCGCGGUGUGACCGUGGGCUGGACACGGGCGCAGAAGCGCCGCGUUGGCGCAUCCCGGCCGCACUCUGCCCCUCGGGCGCUGCAGUGUUUGCCGAGCAAACAGGAGGCCGCCUGUUUGUGCAGAAGCUGUCCCCCCGAGAGCCACCCCCGCCCCCUGCCCGCGGCUCCUCGGCGGGCUGCAGCUGGGGCAGCACGACCCCCGGGACAGGGGCUUGCGCUGCUCCAGCCCCACUGCUGCUACCACACGUGCCGUCACCCCCGGCCUUUAAGGAAAGGUUGUAACCUCGGCCAGGUCUAAACUUAGCUGUGGAACCCUCAGCAGCACCGGGAAUAGCAGCAGCAUUAGCAGAGUUGGGUUACCUUGGAACUGUCUGACCCUUUCUCUGCCCCUCGCCCCACCACCUGUGUGUCUCCCCCAGCCCACUCCUCCCUCCUCAUCCUCAAAGCCCUCUUGAAGCCUUGCUUAGCUGAAGCAGUCAGAGGGACUGGCUGCUUCAGCUUGAUACCCCCACCACCCUGCAUCUGCAUCCCCAUCAUUCCCACACCUUCCUCUGAGACACCCUCCUCAAAAGGAUGAAGGCUUUUCGGCAUGCUCUGUGCCUUGUGCCAGACAUAGGUUUGACCCGCUGCACCUAGGCUGAGCAAGCCUUGCACUGCGUUAAAGGGAUGCAGCUGAGUGAGGGAGCCCAGUGUGGAAGGGCGGCGAGCUGGGCAGCGGCAGCCAUGCCAGGAGCGCUUCCCGCUCGAAGGCAGGCGGUGAAGGCGGGCCGAAGCGGCAGACGGGCAGGAUUUCCGCCGUCACGUCCCGCGGGUAGCAGCACUGCCGCAGUGCUUCAUUAAGAUGGUGUUCACACUGCAGCGGCUGGCCUGCGGGGCAGCAGCCGGCCCGGCGGCUCCUAUCUAGAGCACGUCUGGUUUAAGCCCACUCAGGCGAGCCAGGACAGACCAGGGGGGUUCCAAUGUUGGAGGCGAGAGCUCCUGACCAGCACCCACUGCCUCCCAGUGCUGUGACAGAA